GAAAUCACUCCAGCCCAGAAACAGAGCAAGACAUUUUUUGUCUGACCCCUUUUUUGGGAAACUUGAAAAGAAAAAAAAGUGACAUUCAGACUAGUUCAUUCUUUCCGUGUCUUUAGCACUGACCAUAGGUCACUUGAUGCAUGAAGGAGUGAGAAGUUCCAUGUGUGAGAAGUUUGGUGCUUCUCUUGAGACACUUGGACAGCUCUUAGAUGUGCACAGGGCCGUAUGUACUUUAAGUGGACUACUUUUCACAUCGCUGGGAAUUGAAGUGAAAUCAGGCUUGAUUGAAGUAUUAUGCAGCAGCCGGUAGUCUCCUGCUGUAUGCCAACAGAGGAAAUCAAGAAUGGGUCUCUUCCUGUGGGUUGGAAGAGCUACAGAUCACCUGAGGGACGGAAAUACUAUGUCAACACAAGCACUAAAGAGACAACGUGGGAACGGCCAAGCAUAUCCACCACCAUCUCAAAGGCUACUGGGUCUCACCAGCACUCAGUAAAUGGACGUCCACCUCUCGGAGCCUCUGGGCAUGUGCUGGAGCAUCCAGAUGUGUCCCUGAGGAAAACCAACAUCAGCAACCAGAGCCCAGGGUCCACAUCCCCGGCCAGGAGGCAGAAUAAGGAGAAGGAGAUCAAGGAGACCAAAAUCACUAUCAACUGCGUCACCUUCCCUGUGCCCAUGUCUACGCCGGAGCAGCAGCUUCUCAAGCCCAGUGAAUGGAGCUACUGCGACUAUUUCUGGGCCGAUAAGAGGGACCCUCAGGGGGCCACAGUGUCAGGGUUCGAGGUGCUGCUGCAGAAACAGCUGAAGGGGAAGCAGAUGCAGAAAGAGAUGGCAGAGUUCAUCAGAGAAAGGAUAAAAAUCGAAGAGGAAUAUGCCAAGAACCUUUCCAAACUCUCCAUGUUCCCAAUGGCAGCACAAGAGGAAGGGACUCUUGGAGAAGCUUGGGCUCAACUCAAGAAGAGUCUAGCUGACGAAGCCGAGGUCCAUCUCAAGUUCUCCUCAAAGCUCCAGAGUGAAGUCGAGAAGCCUUUACUGACCUUCAGAGGGGACAACUUUAAGAAAGACAUGAAGAAAUACGACCACCACAUCGCUGACCUGAGGAAGCAGCUGGUCAGCCGUUAUGCUGCAGUGGAGAAGGCAAGGAAGGCUCUAGCAGACAGACAGAAGGAUCUUGAGGUGAAAACACAGCAGCUUGAGAUCAAAUUGAGCAACAAAACAGAGGAGGAUAUUAAGAAAGCCCGACGGAAAUCCACACAAGCAGGUGAUGAUCUGAUGCGCUGUGUGGACCUUUACAACCAGGCUCAGUCGAAGUGGUUUGAGGAGAUGGUCACCACAAGCCUGGAGUUGGAGAGGUUGGAGGUGGAGCGGGUAGAGAUGAUCCAGCAGCAUCUCCGUCAGUACACCACGCUGCGGCACGAGACCGACAUGUUCAACCAAAGUACUUUGGAGCCGGUGGACCAGCUCCUGCAGAGUGUGGACCCAGCCAAAGACAGAGAGCUCUGGGUAAAGGAACACAAGACAGGAGAUCUGAGACCUGUGGACAUGGACAUCUAGACACACACACACACACACACACACACACACACACACACACACACACACACACACACACACACACACACACACACAUUAUACUAUAUGAAUCUACCUGCAUGCCUGUCUACCUGAGUACUUCAACCUCUCAGCCAAAGCCAUACAGGUAUCAUCCCUUGAAGCACUGCUUGUUUUGUGGAUUUCCACUGAAAAUAUUAGAUAAUUACAAAAUCAAAGCUUUAUAGAAGAUUUUCUUAAUGUCAUAUGGAAUGAGUGGCAGGAAAGGACAGCAGCCACAUUAUGAAAUUGAGUAGACAUCCAUAUAAUCCUGCAUGACCAUUGAAUAACUUCAUUAUGCUACUUAAGACUUCCCAGUAUGUCUAUUACAUUAACAUGAAUAAAAUAGUCAAGGCUCCAUUGAUAAAGAUCUGAACAAAUACUGUACAGUAAAACACCUGUUUGUUUGUUUGUUUGAUUGCUGCAGUGGAUGCCUGUUAAACAAAUUUCAUUCAAUCAAAUUUUUUUAAUCUUUUUGGUGUUAAAGUGAUAGUGUUCGCACAUUCAACUACACACCUAAGCCGCGUUUCCACCGAAAUUACCCGGAACAAUUUGUCUCAGGAACUUUUUUCCCUCCAGACCUAUUGCUAGCUGCGUUUCUAUAGCAGACUUAAUGUGAAGAUAGUCCGGUGACAUUGGACUGUGUGCGACUUUCUAGUUCCCGUUAACUUAAUAAUAAUACUCUUACUGCACACACCGCAACAGACUUUAAAAAACGAUGGUUGAAAUAAAAUGUUGCGUGGAGUCAACCAAUCAAAAUGCUGCGUGAACUCAACCAAUCAGCGUGUUCAGCGCACGAGUCCCACCCCCGAAAGAUCCAGAAUUUUGAAAAAGUACUACCUAGCAAGCAGGUACUUUCCGAGGGGGAUUUUUUUAACCCCGAACUCAUUUAGACCCUGGUUCCUGCGGUCGAAACACACUGAGUACCACGCUAAAGUCUAUAGUUCCUGGGGAGAGUUCCUGCGGUGGAAAUGCGGCUCUAGUUGUGGAUAUUUUCCUGGAUUAAAGUGUGUGUCAAUAGCUGCAUUCACACUGACAGCGACUUUGUCGUUGCAUGUCGCCAGUGGCUGGCGGUAAUGUCGCUAGUGGGCGUUCCUUGUUCCUUGUUCCGCGUUCCUAAGCGUUGUCUAUUGUUGUUUAUGAAUGGCAUUCAUGGAUGUUAUUCCAUGUUGUAGACACAAACCAGUUUUCUUGCCCCUUAAAACAAACAUUUUGGAGGGAAAAGAUUAAAUAUAAAUGGAAUUAGUACAUAAAAUGCUUUAUAUUAAACGGUUAAUUCACCCAAAAAUUCUGUCAUUAAUUACUCACCCUCAUGUCGUUCCACAACCAUAAGACCUUCUUUCAUCUUCAGAACACAAAUUAAGAUAUUUUUGAUUAAAUCUGAUGGCUCAGUGAG